GCAGUCGGACCGGCUGCUGAGACGAACGCUUCAUUGGGGCAGUCUCCGCAUAUCAUGGGGAGAUAGACGCUGUUGCCUUUGAUCGGCCUUGGUCCUCACAGCUCCAAAAAGAAGCAGGAUCUCGAUAAGCUCUAUGAGCUGAAGUCCAAAGCACGGCAGAUUAUGAACCAGUUUGGCCCCUCUGCCCUAAUCAACCUCUCCAACUUCUCAUCCAUAAAACCGGAACCAGCCAGCACCCCUCCACAAGGCUCCAUGGCCAAUAGCACUACAGUGGUAAAGAUACCAGGCACUCCAGGGACAGGAGGUCGUCUUAGCCCCGAAAACAAUCAGGUAUUGACCAAGAAGAAAUUACAGGACUUAGUAAGAGAAGUGGAUCCUAAUGAGCAGCUGGAUGAAGAUGUGGAGGAGAUUAUAAAAAUGCUGUUGCAGAUUGCUGAUGAUUUUAUCGAGAGUGUGGUGACAGCAGCCUGCCAGCUUGCUCAGCAUCGCAAGUCCAGCACCUUGGAGGUGAAAGAUGUCCAGCUGCAUUUAGAGCACCAGUGGAACAUGUGGAUCCCAGGAUUUGGCUCUGAAGAAAUCCGACCCUACAAAAAAGCUUGCACCACAGAAGCUCAUAAACAGAGAAUGGCAUUGAUCCGAAAAACAACGAAGAAAUAACACACGGAAAGGUCAGGGAAUGGACAAAAAUGUAUUCGGAGAUACUUGAGCUGAGACCUCAGCCAUCUCAUCUUUGGAAUUUUUUUUUUUAAUGCUUUACAGAGAAGCAUAUAUUUUUUUAUUAACAGUGCAGCAAUAUCUAUAAUGACUGAGAGGAUCUGCCAAAAGAAUAAAGCCUCC